GUAAUUGGAGCAAGCUUUGCUGGAUAUGUGUGUUAUGAAUAAUCCUCCACGGUUGGUAUUAUAGGAUUUUUUUCUGAGUGGAAACUAAGAGUGGAGGCCACGCCUCUCGCACACGGCACAGCUACGUAUUAUGAAUAUUCAUUGGAAUCCAAGUGAGUUUUUUCAUGCGUUUACGAUAGGGUACGUGAGCGUGGUGGAAAUGCUAGCAAGAUGGCGGCGUUGAAGGAGGAGCAGUGUUACGGGCUGUCCUGUGGAAGAGUGAGCAAUGGCAGCAAUAUCUCCGUCUUUCACGUCAAACUCACUGACAGCGCCUUGAGAGCUUUUGAAGAAUAUCAGAACAGUAAGGCCCAGUCAUCUCAGCCAAGGAUCCGUUUUAAUGGGAACCAAGGGAAAAUCUCCAUCCCGAGCUCAGACAGCCCCAGUGAGCUGCGCACCUUUACCUUCUACCUGUCCAACGUGGGCCGGGACAACCCUCAGGGCAGCUUCGACUGCAUCCAGCAGUACACUACUGGAGAGGGCAGCGUUGAGCUGGACUGCCUGGGUGGGAUCCAGGACAAGAUCACGGUGUGUGCGACGGACGACUCGUACCAGAAGGCCCGGCAAAGCAUGGCCCAGGCAGAGGAGGAGACGCGCAGCAGGGGAGCCAUCGUCAUCAAGCCAGGCGGACGCUACGUGGGUAAGCGCGUGCAACGGCGUGGGCCAGCCCCGGGCCUGACGGACAUUGCCCCGUCGCGGCGGACGUCUCGGCCGGUGAUCAUCUCGUCGGGCGCCCCUCGUAAGGGUGGGGGUGGUGGCACCCAGCUGAGGCCCCUCAGGGAGCGCCUCACUCACCUGCUGGCCCUCAAGCCCUACCGCAAGCCAGAGCUCAUCCUGCGCCUGCAGAAAGACGGCCUCACGCCGCAGGACAAGGACGCUCUGGACGGCCUCCUACAACAGGUGGCCAACCUGAAUGGGAAAGACAACACCUUCACGCUGAAGGACUGCCUCUUCAAGGAGAUCCAGAAGGAUUGGCCUGGCUACGCGGAGGUGGACCAGCAGAUACUCAAGAGAAUCCUUGUACGGAAACUGUGCAAGGCUCCCAGCAGGACCCCGACCCCCAGCGAGGCGCCAGUGAGUCCACCCAAAGAACCAGCAGCCAGCAGUUCCCCAUCUCAGAAGCGGCCAGCUGUAGAGUUCAUCGACCCGUUGGCCAAUAAGAAGCCGCGGAUAUCGCACCUGGUCAGCAAGACGGCCACACCCAUCAAUGGCAAGCUGAGCUCUGCCAAUGGCAAGGAGGCCGCAUCAUCAUCAUCGGUACCCUCCCACCUCACUUCAUCGUCCUCUUCAUCAUCAUCAUCAUCAUCAUCAUCAUUAUUAUUGAGCGAGACUACGACGUCCGCAUCCUCCCAGCCCCCUCCCCCGCUGCUGGACCUGCCGCGCCCCUUCGACCCCCUCUCCGACAUCAGCAAUGACUCCAGCCACAAUGGCCGCGAGGGAGAGGGUCGCGAAGCAGCCGUGGCGGAACGCCUGGCCCAGCCGCCCGCAUCCCUUCACCAACAACAACACCACCAGCACCAGCCUCCCCACCAUCACCUCCACAGCCACCCCCAGGCUCCCUCUGCCCUACAGCAGCCUGCUCCUGCCCCUCACAGUCUCUCCCCAGCCCCAUCACCCGACCCCACACGUUCCCUCAGCAAACCCCCCUCUCCAUCCCCCGCACCCUUGCCACACGGGAAACCCAAGAAGAAGUCCAAGAAGCACAAGGACAAGGACAAGAACAAGGACCGGGAGAGGGGGGACAGGGACCGGGAGAAGGACAGAGACCGAGGGGAGAGGGAGAGAGAGAGGGGGGACAGGGAGGGGAGGGAGGGGCGAAAGGAGAGGCGGGCGGGAGAGGAACGCGCGGCUGACCAGAGGAAGGCCUGUGAAAUCCUUCAGAUUUCCUCCUCCAGUCCGGAACCCACGAAGACCAGCACUGGUCCUCACAAGAGCACAGAUCUCAAUGGCACGUGUGACAUCUCCAGUACCUCUACGCCACCGGACGUGGCAGACUAUUUAUUGAAGUACACUGUGAUUGGCUCCACGGAGCAGCGACAGAGCUACAAGAAUGACUUUAACUCGGAGUACAGUGAAUAUCGAGGGCUGCACGCUCGCAUAGAAGGCAUCACACGCCAGUUCACCGUGCUGGACGCAGAGCUGAAACAGCUGCAGCAGGGCACAGACAAAUACAAGCUUAUCCACAAUCAGAUACUUGAAGAGUAUCGCAAAAUUAAAAAGACUAACCCGCACUACAGCCAGGAGAAGAAUCGCUGUGAGUACCUGCACAACAAGCUGGCCCACAUAAAGAAACUGAUAGCGGAGUUCGACCAGCAGCAGCUGCAAAGCUGGCACUAGUGGCUCCGUAAGGCCCGGCGGCCCCCUGUUGGCUGGGGUCAGUGGGUCCGGUCUGCCCCCUCUGGUAACCAGGCUGGGGGCAGGAGGUGAGACAAGAAGAAGGGGCCCCCAUGGACUGGCUCUGGACCUGGAUCUCCUGGACCCGGAACGGGCCCCGUGCCACCAACAAGACAAAACACGUUCUAAUGUGCCACGCCACGGAGGGAUGGGUUCCACCACCCGAAAGUCUCCUUUCCCACCUCAACUCUACUUCAAACCCUGCCAUACCCCCUCCUCCCUGAUGCGCACCUGAUCUCCACGGAGAGGGUGCUCAAUUCCCCCCCAUCCAUUCCCACCCCAAAAUCUUUCCCUCCCCAUUUCCAUCUCUUUCUCUCUCUCUCAAGUUCCUCUUCCCCAUCCCUCCUAGCACACAGAGGCGUCUGGAGAGAAUGCCUGUGGAAAAUCCACCUCUCUCCGAGGACCCCUCUCCUCGCAUCAGCUCCCAUUCCCCCUGCCCCUUUAUCUCCUCGCUGCUGAUACUGAGCUCGGGUUGGCCGAAAUGAAAACGCUUCCCGAUUUGCUAAUAGUUUAUAAAAAGUACAAAAGAAAACAAAAAAAAUGAAAGGAUUAUUAUUUUUUCCCUUUGUUUGGAAAUUGAAAAGCUCCUAUGAUAUUUUAUUAAUUUUUCUUUUUUUUAUUUAUUCUGUAAUUUUUGUUUGUUUUCUUUUCCUCCGGAAGCAUCCAUUGAGGAUCUUGACAUGAUUGUUAUUUACACUCCGCAGUGCGUGUGGGGCCACUACAGAGCCUCAUCUCUGAAGGACUCGUCUUCAUCUGCUCUUGUUUUGACCCGACACCCCCCCCCCAAACUCCAACCACCCCCUGACUUAUCAGUAUUUUAUGCAAAAAGCUGCCUUGGCUAUCAAAUUGUCCUUGCUAUUGCCACGAGUCCUACCCCCCUCCCCAAUCCCACCUCCUUUUACUAAACAGGCAGUAUAUUUUUAGCCAGUCAAACCAAGAGAGGACUAUCAAGCUUAUCCCACUGAUGUUGCACACACAGACAUGUAUUGGACAAUCUCUGGUUAUGGGUCUUACUGCUGGGUUGGGGUUUGGGGGUCGUAGCAGUGUUUUCAUAGCAGUGUGGUGAAGGUCGAUCAGACUGAAUCAUAUCACAAUCAGUGUUGUGUUCUCCGACUGAUGGUGGCAGGUGUGACUGUGUCACUUAAGCCACCAAACCGCCUCUCUCUCUCUCUCUCUCUCUCUCUCUCUCUCUCUCUCUCUCUCUCUCUCUCUCUCUCUCUCUCUCUCUCUCUCUCUCUCUCUCUCUCUCUCUCUCUCUCUCUCUCUCUCUCUCUCCGCCCCAGAAAGCAGACUGCCACUAGCCACCCUGACCUCUACUCUGAUCACAUCACUCCCCAUACAUUUCACUCAGCCAGCCUUCCACACACGUUCAUACUGUGUGUUUGACUGGCAUUACAUUUAGGCUGAUGCUUUAAAAUGUAAAUCAAAACAAAAUAAAGUCUCAAAGCAUCACAAACAAACAAAAAAGUGUUUCCCAUACAGGGAGACCAGGUGUGUUUAUCAUUUCCUCUCUGGUCAUAAGCCAUUCAUUCCAGCCUUCUGCUAGAGAAGCCUUCCUUCCUUUAAUGAACAGAUCCCCAUGCAGUGAGCUCAGGCUUCACUGAUGUACGUUUACACACCUACUGACUGGCUGAAUGUCAAAUCCACUCAGACCACACACAUACACACACACACACACACACACACACACACACACACACACAGAGCAACGUUGUUGCUCAUCUCCUGUCGGCUUGAGUAGGAGGUUCAUACUAGACACACACACACACACAUUCUCAACCCAACUUCCACCACGCCCCCAAAACCUGGAAGACUGUUAUUGUUAUUUUUAAAAGAAAAAAAGAGAGGGGGAAAGGAAUAUUUAAAAAAAGACAAGCUUCUUCCAUGAAGAGUGGAUUGUAUCGUUCUCUGGAUUCCCCAAGAGGACAUGGAGCCUGGAAUCUUCCACUCUUCCAGUGACGGCCAGGAGUGGGGGGAUCUCCCCACCCAGCCCCCCAACGGACUCUCACUGCCUCUGGCCUACACCUGGCAGAAGGACCCACCGUAUUUCUCAUAUUGAUCUCUUUAUGUUGAUAUUAAAACUCAGCACUUUCUUGCGUUCUGCCUCUUGCUGUUACUCUGGUUGUGUUCUGAGGGAGAGUGUUUUAUUUUUUGUUAAUUUUUGUUUUUAUUUUAUUUUAUUUUUUCCUUUACCUUGUCCCAGGGGAAGUGCAUGCUUUCUUAGUGAAUGUGUUUCAAGUACAGUCAGACCAGUAUUUGCAGCUCAUGAUUUUAUUCUUUCUUUUUAAAACUGCUGUUCCAAGGCAUUCAAAUCAAAGCAAAGACCUCCGUACACCAUCACCACCACCCCCACUUCCUAAGCCGCCACCAGGGUGCAUUCAUCAUGUAUGUAAGGUAUCAAUACGUUGUGUGCCAGUCCUCGAUCUCUAAUGGUCGUCAUGAACUCACAGGGCUGAAGUUGAACAUUUCUCAGUCAAACAUCAUGGUGCUCGUACUUGCUGCUAUUGAGGCAAUGAAUCAGAUGAAAUGUCUGUUUACAGUUAUCCCAUGGCUGUGGUAAAGACUGAUAGUUUUUAAAAACAAACAAAUAAGGAAAUAUCGGGCAUGUUUAACCUGUGAUUUCAACACUAUUUGUGUAUGGCUCAAACUCCUCCUCACGCUCCCCAGAGUUCACUUACAUCAUGAUCUCUGAUCUGAUCAUGGGGGACGAUGAUGGUGACAGGGCUUUCCUUUUGGAUUUGAAGAUACCUGUGUUUUUAUUUUAGUUUAUUCUAUCGUUUUGGACUAUGAGUUGCAAGUACACACCACCACUUGGGGUUGAAUGUGCCAGAUGAGCUGCCGAAGUGCAGGGGAUGGGACGGGAGGACUCGCUGCUGCCAAUUCAGCAUUACAGGGUGCCCAUAACUCAACAGGAGGGAAGUACCAAAGCACGCUUUCUGAAACAAUAAGGGACUGGGACUGAAAUUUCUCUUGAUAUUUGAAUAAAAACCAGAGAAAACAAAUUGCCUUUUCAUUCUCUGUAUGAACAUCAA